UGUGCUCGGCACCGGGUCCUGGUCCGGCCCCAGCCCCUCCUCCGCCUCUCACCUGUCACACUUGGUUGCGGGACCGGGACGCUGGGCGCGGGCACCGGUCGCUGAUCUCGGUCAUCCGCUCCUCUAGAUGUCGUUGUGGAAGCCAAAGACACCCAGUUCCCUCGUUCCCUCUCUCCGCUCCGCUGGCCGGCUCAGGCGCUGCGUCCGCUCACGAAAUUAUUCCCUUCGAUCAGACGACGAGCUCUCGGCUUCACUUCUCCAUUAAUUUCUUCCCAGACCGGAAUGAAAUGACCAUCUUGCUCUGGCCCGGAAUGCAAUGGCGCUAGCGCCGGGCCGAGGAGGCAGCGCGGCCGACAUGGCGUCAUCGGGCUUCAGGCUCAGCUGCUCGUUGGUUGGACACGAAAUGGACGUUCGGGGGCUGGUGGCCACCUUGUUCCCCGUGGGAGCCUUCGUGUCGGUGUCGAGGGACCGCACCGCGCGGGUGUGGGUGCCCAACGGUUCCAACAGGGGGUUUACAGAGAUGCACUGUAUGAAUGGACACUCAAAUUUUGUGUCCUGUGUGUGUAUCAUUGCACCCAAUGACACUUAUCCUCGAGGACUUAUUGCAACAGGAGGGAAUGACCAUAACAUUUGUGUUUUCACAUUGGAUAGCCCAGCACCACUGUACAUUUUAAAAGGUCAUAAAAAUACAGUCUGCAGUCUGUCAGCUGGAAAAUUUGGUACUUUACUCAGUGGAUCUUGGGAUACAACCUCCAAAGUCUGGUUAAAUGAGAAAUGUUUGAUGACUUUACAGGGCCAUACUGCAGCAGUAUGGGCAGUAAAGAUACUGCCUGAACAAGGUUUCAUGCUGACAGGAUCUGCUGACAAAACAAUCAAGAUGUGGAAAGCUGGUCGAUGUGAGCGAACAUUUACAGGUCAUAACGACUGUGUUAGAGGACUGGCCAUUUUGAAUGAAUUAGAGUUCCUAUCUUGCAGUAACGAUGCCACUAUUCGACGAUGGCAAAUCAAUGGGCAGUGUUUGCAGAUUUAUUAUGGACAUACAAAUUACAUCUACAGCUUAUCAGUCUUCCCAAAUGGAAAAGAUUUUGUUACCACAGGGGAGGAUCGAUCCUUAAGAAUCUGGAAGGAUGGAGGAUGUACUCAAACUAUCAGGCUUCCAGCUCAGUCUAUUUGGUCCUGCUGCGUUUUGGAUAACGGUGAUGUUGUUGCGGGUUCAAGCGAUGGUGUAAUAAGAGUAUUUACUGAAGCUGAAGAACGGACAGCCUCUGCAGAAGAGAUCCAAACUUUUGAGAAUGAGUUGUCCAGCGCAACCAUUGACUCUAAGACUGGAGAUUUAGGGGAUAUAAAUAUCAAUGAACUUCCAGGAAAAGAACAUCUGAAUGAACCUGGCACAAAGGAAGGUCAAACGCGACUAAUCAGAGUUGGAGAUACUGUUCAGGCUUAUCAGUGGAGUGUUGUUGAUGGGCGAUGGAUAAAGAUUGGUGAUGUGGUGGGUUCAUCAGGAGGAACCCAGAAGUCCUCAGGCAAAGUUCUUUAUGAAGGCAAAGAGUUUGAUUAUGUAUUUACCAUUGAUAUUAAUGAGGGCGGACCUUCAAUGAAAUUGCCAUACAAUGUUACUGAAGAUCCAUGGCUUGUUGCACACAACUUCUUGCAAAAGAAUGACCUGAACCCAAUGUUUCUAGACCAGGUUGCGAAUUUCAUUAUUGAGAAUACAAAAGGGCAUACAUUAGGAUCGACAGGCACAGGGUUCUCUGACCCUUUCACAGGUUCAGGGCGUUAUAUACCAGGGACUGGAAUGGGAACUGGGGGCACAAAUGAAGUGGAUCCUUUUACAGGAUCUGGUCGGUAUGUACCUGGCUCUGUAACAUCUAGCCUUACUCCUUCUGCAGGAGGUGACCCAUUUACAGGAGGAAAUGCUUAUGUUUCUGUUGAUGGACGUGCACCCACUACAUCCAUCAGUAACCCUUACUUUCCCAAAAAAGAUCCUGUCACAUUUGAUCAGGCUAAUACAAUUCAGAUAAUAGGAAAACUAAAAGAGCUGAAUGAGAGCACACCUGCUGAACAAAAACUAUCUGAAGGUGAUCUGCAAAUGCUUGAGAAAUUUCUUUCUGUUGUAUCUAGUCCUUCUGCACAAGAGACUCCCACAGCACAACAAUUGGAGACUUUAUGGAAAGCUGCUCAGUGGCCAGAAGACAUAGUGUUUCCUGUGUUGGAUAUUCUGCGUCUGGCUAUAAGACAUCCCACAGUAAAUGAACAUUUCUGCAGUGAACACUACAGCAAACAGUUCAGCAACUACCUCUUAAACAAGAUCAAUCUACAGGGAAAACCAGCUAAUCAAAUGCUUGUCCUCCGAACAGUCUGCAACUGUUUUGCUAACCAAACACAUGGUUCAAAGCUCAUGAUGUCCUUGAGGGAGGCAAUACUCUCUCAAGCAAUUGAAAUGAGAUCAGCCAGCAACAAGAAUGUUCAUAUAGCACUGUCCACUUUGAUAUUAAACUAUGCAGUAAAUCUGCACACAGGAAAUGAUAUUGAAGGUAAAGCAAAUUGUUUAUCCAUUAUAAGUGCAGCCAUAGAAGUCCUCCAAGAUUAUGAAGCAAUUUUUAGACUUUUGGUGGCUCUUGGGACAAUUAUAAGUGAUGAUCCAAAUGCCUUGCAACUGGCUCAAUCAUUGGGAGUUGAUUCACAGAUCCGAAAAUAUUCUUCUGUUUCAGAUCCAGCUAAAGUUGGGGACUGUUGUAGAUUUGUUCUGAAGGUGCUGUAAUGUCUGAUUAUAGAUUUUCAAGGGUUAUAGCCAAGUGGUAUUAAUUUUGAUUACAUUAUUCCUUAAACUCUGGUAAAUAAUUCAUAUGGGAGAUAAAGAAACUCUAGAAUGUUUGAUUCUUGUGACAAAAUUGUUGCAGAGGUACAACAUACAAUAGCAAGAAUAAAGGAAUUGCUAAAAUAUUUAUAUUUGAA